AUGUCUGAUGCUGAGAAGACAUUGAAUGAGUUGCAUGCUAUGCUGGUUAGUGCAGAGAAGCAAAUCUCUAAGGACGUUAAGCAAAUCCCUUUCUGUCUUAUGGUACAGAAAGGGAAGGGGUUCAAGAAGAAAGGGGAAAAUGUCAAGGGUAAGGGCAAGAAAGUUGCCAAGACUCUUGAGAAGCCCAAGCCUGCUGGUGAAAGUGAAUGCUUUUACUGCAAGAAAAAAGAGCAUUGGAAGCGCAAUUGCCGGAAAUGCCUUGACUACCUUAAGAAUAAUGGAGCAUCAACCUCAAGUAACUUGUUAUAA